AUGGCCCACUCAAAACGCAACACCUCGCUCCCCCACUUCACCUCCUACGAACGCUCCCUCCUGCGCUCUACCUGGGGCACGCAGCGCACCCGCCUCUCGCGCGAGUCUUUCCUCCCCUUUGGCUCUUGCCAACUAUGCCUGCAACCCGCUCGCCCUCCCGUUGUCGCAUGCGCCGCUAAUGGGGAUUUGUUCUGUCGCGAAUGCGCGAUUAGCGAUUUGCUAGCACAAAGAAAAGAAAUCAAACGCCUUGAAAGACUGCGAGAAGAGGCGAGGAAGCGGGUGGCCGAGGAUGACGCGCAGGUGCUUGAGCAAGCGCGAGCGAGGGAGUUGCAGGAGUUCGAGUUGAUUAGUAUGGGGAUUGAAGGGAAAGGGAACAACAAUAAUAAUUCGAAGAAGAGAAAAGUCCCCACCAUGGAGGAGGAAGGCAAUGGCAAUAACAGGAAAGAAGCGGAUAAGAUUGCAGCUUCGGAGGAGUUUCGCCAGCGAGAAGUUGAUGUUGAUGGGAAGCGGAGGAAGAUUUUUGAAUUGGGAGAGGCGGAAAUUGCGCGGUAUGCACAGUCGGAGCAGGAGAGGCUCAAGAAGGAGAUUGAGCGAGAAAAGGCAGAGUCCAAGUCCGCUCUACCUUCCUUUUGGGUCCCCUCGUUAACACCCGCAACCGAAAACGACGUUCUGUCCAAACCAGUCAAACUGACCCCGAUAUGCCCUGGAUCGACGGAGGAAACGCGGCAUGAGUAUUCGCUCAAGACUCUGGUGGAUGUUCAUUUUACAGAGGAAAAAUCAGACGACUAUUCCGCUACGCAGACCGUGUCUCGCGUGUGUCCGAGUUGCAAGAAGGCGUUGACAAACGGUCUGAAAGCUAUGUUAACCAAGCCGUGUGGCCAUGUUAUCUGCCAGCCCUGCGUUACAAAAUUCAUGGCGCCCGAGACUACCAUCGAUCCGCACAACAAGUCCAAUCAUUCGGAAUCGACCGUUGGUCGGGUUCUGUGCUAUGUCUGUGAGACGGAUAUUACGCCAGGGUCCAAGAAGAGCAAGUCCAAAUCGAAAGAUGGCAAAGAAGAAAAAAGCAAAAUCAAGCCGGGCAUGGUAGAGAUUAGGUCCGAGGGAACUGGGUUUGCUAGAGGUGGAGAUAACAUGGCGAAAAGAAAAGGAGUUGCCUUUCAGUGUUAA